GCGGGAGGCGGCGGCGGCGGCGGCGGCGACCCCCGGGCGGGCGACGUGGAGGAGGACGCCUCGCAGCUCGUCUUCCCCAAAGAAUUUGAAACGGCGGAGACGCUUCUAAAUUCAGAAGUACACAUGCUCCUGGAACAUCGCAAGCAGCAGAACGAAAGUGCAGAGGAUGAACAGGAACUUUCAGAGGUUUUUAUGAAGACUCUGAACUACACCGCCCGCUUCAGCCGUUUCAAAAACAGGGAGACCAUUGCCAGCGUCCGCAGCUUGUUGCUCCAGAAGAAGCUCCAUAAAUUCGAGUUGGCCUGUUUAGCCAAUCUUUGCCCUGAGACAGCAGAGGAAGCCAAGGCUCUGAUUCCAAGCCUGGAAGGUCGAUUUGAAGAUGAGGAGCUUCAGCAGAUUCUUGAUGAUAUCCAGACCAAGCGAAGCUUCCAGUAUUAGCCCCAAAGAUUCCAAAAUUAGCCUCCAGAAGCCAGAAGAGGAAGUUCUAACUGUUCCUCUGCAACUCUGAAAAGCACAAAUCCCACAGAAUCACAUCACUUUGGCUUUCCUUGGUCAGAACAGUACGAAACGACGUCUUGUAGAAGGGCCGAUUUAACCACGGACAGUUGCGCAUUUUGACUCCUCGACUGCCAUAGAUGUGGCAAAGACUCCUUUACCGUGACAUCCGUCGGAUCUUGGCACGGGACUUGGGGAUGCUCUCCUUUGAGAACUGAUGUCCUCAACCUUCAUCUUUGCCCUGAGAAUCUACAAGAAGUUUUUAAUCUCUGGUUUGAAUAAAUGUAGAAUGGGAUUAUUUCAGGGAGCUGCUUCUGUUUUACAGUGUGAAAACUAGGAAUCUGUGUUCCUUUUGAACAUUUUAAGUCAUAGUGUUGGAAUCAAGACUCAAGAUGAAGUAGCUUUAUGAUCUCUGGAUAAAAAGGUGUCCGUCACCCAGCUUUUUCUGUAUUUCUGUUUUGUCUUAAUUAAAUGUGGUAUUUUUCAUUUGGGUUGUGGACCUUAAGUUUACUGUAGGUUUUGUUGUUUCUGUACUCUAAGUAGGAGGAUUUCCAUCAGGUCUGGAGAAAUGAAAUAGAAAUAACCUCUGUGGAAGAAAGGGGAAAUGACAUCUAGCAGAUCGAAAUCCUUCUAUGUGAUUAUUAGGGUUUUCUGCUUUACAAUAGAGAUUUAUCAUGUUAAUGUCACUAAUUGAUAAUUUGAUAUUUGUAUCCAAGGUAAUGUUGACAUAUUAAGUGACUACAAUCACAGAAGAUGAGUAGAAUCAGACAAUAGAUUUUCCCGUUACCCACUAUUUUAUAUUUUCAGAUUCUGUGUGGAGUCUCAUUGUAAGGCUCAUUAUAGGGGAUAUCUCAGGAGGGAAGAAGCCGUCUUAAAGUAAUUCUAACAGGAACAGAUUCCUUCAAAUGUCUCUUAUAAUUUAGGAAAAGUAUAAUUCAGCUAGAAUUAUUUGGCCCGAGUACAGUUUGGAAUUUAUAGUACAGGGUGACUCGAUAUGUUUCGGGCAACCGCAUUACGAGCGAUUAAAACAGCCGCAUCAAGUUUUAAUAUAGCAAAUGCUGAAAAUGGCCUGUGUGAUUUUUGCAUGGUGAUCUUCGUGUCCAUCAACCGCUGUCAACCCCGCUAUCAACCCCAGCGCUUUAAAGAGUGCCUGGCACAUAGUAAGUGCUAAACAAAUACCAUAAUUGUUAUUAUUAAUCGCAAGUUGUGGAAUUUUCAGGUUACCCUGAUGGCAGCAUUCAGUGGAGAGGUUCUGCGUUCUUCAGUUGCUUUCCCUUAUGCUCUCCUCUCUGAACGUCGUGUACGUUCUCUGUUGUGUAAAAAAAAUAAAUCUCUUUGUGCAGA